GGCUGUUAUGCGUUAGACGAUUUACUUUCAUUUUCAUUUUGCAACUUCCUAAACAAUGGAUACCAGACUACGAGAGAGGGCAGAGGAGUUUUUGAAGACUGAAGACAGUUUUAGGACUAAUGCCUUCAAGAUCAUCUGUGUAAUGGUUAAACUACUACAUAAAGGACCAAAGCAAUUUGUGGAUGAGAUGCUCCAAAGCAUCUUCUUCUUAGGCAGGAUUAAUAACCCCCAAUACACCCCAAAUGAUAUCCUUGGUGACGACUAUGAGAUUAUGAUGAAUGAGAAGUUCCCAGGACCGUUUGAGAGUUACGAAAGGAAACUGCCAAAACGGACUCCAUUCUCCUGUGUGCUGGAUAUGGUGGCCUCCUCGUUUGGACCAGACGAAAUACAGCAGAAGCUGUCGGAAAUCGCCACUGAAAUCGGAAAUCAGGAUCGGAGUCUAAGGAACACAAGUUCUAAGGAACACAAGUUCACUUCCUCAACCAUCUGCAUCUCUGAAAGUGAAGAGUGCUACUAUGGAGCAUCCAUGUCUUGCAAGGGGAAGAUACCGGGACAGAUUAUGAUCGCUGUGUCCUGUCUGCAUACCUGGCACUAUGGUGUUUCCAAUGCCGUGAUGACAUACAAGCCAGAUAGGAACAAGAGAAAUAACUUUGAUGGCACCAUGCAACUACCACAGUGUGUCAAAUGCCAGGCUUUCAAUGUGAUGAGUGGGGAGGAGAUGUCUCCUUGCAAAUCCUGUGUUGAUCUUUUUGGUCUGAAGACAUCUGCGCAAUCAGAUAAGAAAAGGUGGGCCCAUGGGCACUGCGCAGAGGCAGAGAGCUUGAGCAAACUGCUCUAUGAAGAGGAAGAGAUAGAAGUGGCAAGAGUUGAGGACGAAAUGCGAGAGCAAGUGAUGGCGGAGGUAACAGCUCACCUGGAAGCGAACCUCCGAUUGUCAAAUUUUGAUUGGGAUUCUUCCUAUUACACUCCACAGGUGAUUGUCAGAGAUGACGGGUAAACGCAUGUGCGCGCGCACACACACACGCACACACGCACGCACGCACGCACGCACACAAUUUACAGAUAUACAGAUGCACAUUCUUACUGUAACACCCUAGCAACAUGUGAUUUGCGGCCGACAGUUUUCGUUGAAACUUUGCCAAAUUAGUGAAUGUUUUAGGAUAAGAACUCAGCUUUAGCCAUUUCAAAAUGCGUAGAAUUGCAGAAAAUGUUGCAUUAAAACUGAAACAUUUUAUUUAAGCUCCAUUGCAAAAUGUGUAGAAUUGCAGGAAAUUAGCUUUAAAACUAAAUGUUCUGUACACCAACCCAUGUGGUGGGUCGUGACUCAAAAAACACCACAAUUUAUGGGUCACAAAGCAAAAAAGUAUAGAAAUCCCUGGUUGGAAACCUCGAUGGAGAUGCUGUAUUAUUCAUCAAAUGUCUGCUGUAUUUAAUUAAAUACUCUAGUCAAAGCAUUUUACAUAAAAAUAGAUAAUUUUAAAUUGAUUUUAAACUUUACUUCUACUGUAAUCAUUGAUGCACAUCUUACUCAUCUAUAAAAAAUUACUAAUACUGCAACCGUUGGUGUGAAUUAAUGUCUGGGUUGACUUAUAUGUGAGGAAUUAAUCUAAUAAAGGAGAUUACAUUGUG